GCGCCGAUGCGCGGAUGGGCUUCGUCCACUCGCGCCUUGUCUUGCUCUCACACACCCAGCCAUGUCUGGAAGCAACGCAAGGACGCCUCCGCCUCCGUAUACCAAUGACAAUGCAGAAGAGUUGAAGAAAUGCUUCGCAACGCUUUUGAAUGACCAGCAGGAGAUACAGAAACUAUUCAAGUCCGUCGCCGGCCAACUCGAGACAACACCGCAAAUCGGCGAGCAUCACCCUCUCACCGAGGAGUGGAAUACGUUGCGUCAUAGACACCGGAGAGUGUACCGUGAUUCCCAACACAACGCCUCGCAAUGCGCGAGUUUCCUCCACAACUAUGUCGAGGUGGUCAUCCCGCUUUCACAGUCCAAGAUGCCCAUCCGGGAGAAGAAGGUCAUGGUCACGCGGUUCCUUGAGGCUAUCGCGAUACACCAAGAGAACGCGAAGAAGUCCGCAGACAAGUUCAGCGAACUCGGCAAGGGUGUCGAGACCUUCCAGCUCAAGAUCGCUGCCGCGCUUCGGGGCCAGGCGGAAUCGCAGGGCUUCUUCACGAAGGUUUGGUCGGGGCUCGAGGAACUCUGCAUGUCGAUCUGGCAAGCACUGUACAAGCUCCUGACACAGCUGGUCAAGACGUUCCAACGCCUCCUCUCCGGCAUCAACUCCGUGCACUUCUCCCUCGGGCCCCUCCGCACUGAUAUUCGCUUCCACCCAUACUCGGAGGUCCAGGAUGAGCUCAGAAUGGGUCCGCGGAGUACCGUAUCGCAGGUCAAAGACGACUGCCGCGAGUUGACGGAGAAGCUCACAGCGUUCGAGGAAGCCUGGGAGAUCGUCAAGCUCUCGUGUGCCGAUCUCCUCAUCAACCUCGCCAUGGCGAGGUCCAUGACGGCGGUGCCCGCCGCGUUCGACUCCAACGUGCGGAGCGCGCAGCGAGUAUACUCGCCCCUCGUCGAGUGCAUGCGCGCCUACUCGCAGAACCGAUCGCCAGAACUCUAAUAAGUUGCUCGAGCCCAGACAGGCCGACACGCUCGUUUCCGACUCCGCAUUAUGAGACUCACCUGCCCUGGACGACUCCCACUGUAACGCCUUUAAUGAUGACCCAGUAACGGUCGAGCGGGUCUGCGACCUGCUGUAUUAUGUAUGUACGUCCCACUGUUUCUUGGAACCCUGAAUGUAUGCCUUCCGGAUGUUGUCUGUAUACGUUCCAGUCCGGCCUCCGUAA